UUCCAUAUGAGGAAAUAUCAGUGUUCAUAUUUCCCUCAACCUAAUAACAUCUAAAUUUUAUCACUUUUUCAAGCCGGCCAGUCUCAGCACAUUUUGUCUAAUAUUAUUUGAAAACCAUGGGUUGUGCACCGGGCGGACCUUGCUGCGGACCCUGUGGAUCCUGUGGACCUUGCUGCGGACCCUGUUGUGGACCUUGCGGUCCCUGCUGCGGCCCCUGUGGACCUCGUUGUGGUCCUUGCGGACCCUGCGGUCCCUGCGGUCCCUGCUGCGGCCCUAUGGAAAAACGAAACGGCCUUCAGCGCUGCUGUCCGUUUUAGCUGUGAGUGCCUGGAAAAGCAACCAAAUUAAGGCCUUCAAAGUGAUUUCAUUAAAACUUAUUGACAAAUAAAGGGGAACUAUGAAAACGUCAAA